AUGUUGCCUACGACAACAACGACGGCAGCCCCUACCUUGCCGUCGGAAGGGCUGAACGCGUAUCUGGACAGCGCCAGCAAAAUGGAAGACCGCGUUAAGCAACUGAAGGAAGCUGUUACAUACGAAACAUCGAUGCUCGAUACUCUCUCCCGGUUCGGACUUGAGGAAGUCACUGGUCCCUCAGCGGUAAGAAUUGAAUACCGGCCCUAG